CUCAUGUGUUGCUGUCGGUAGACAAGGCAGCGUCGAGCACGCCAGUGAAUGCCACCUCGCUCACGCCUCCGGGUGUUACGAUGAGCCCUCCUUGGCCCCCCACCCUCUGUUCCUUUCGCCAGGAUCUCAGAUCCUUUCAUUUAUCUUCGCUGCCUGCUCUUCAGUCUUCUCCUCUUCGGCGGUCUUGCUUCCAAUUCAGAUUCUCGAUAUCUGACUCUGCGUUGCUCCUGCGGACACCCUCAUCCCUUAAUAUCCUGCAGACCACCUUUGGAUUUUAUCAUUCGUGACUGCGGUCGUGACUGUCGGACAACCGGUGCUCGCAUACUUCGAUCCCUUUGCUUAUCUGGGUCGACAUGCCAGCUACCCUCCUUGUUGACCCUGAGGCUGAGCCCGUCUCCCUCAUCUUAAAAUUGGUGAAGAGCUGCAAAGGAUCCGAAUUCGAUCAACAGGAGCUCGAGCCCGACAGUCCUGCUUCAUAUCUCAGUGAGUUUGACCCGACCCUCUCCGAUGAUACGGCCUUGGAUCAUAGCGCGAGUCUGGCCCGGGCAGACGUGGUAGAACCGACCAGGCAUGAUGUUGAAGAUCUCGAAACGGCGUCUGCAGCAUCCGGCGAUUCUCACGGAACAUCUAUCGAUGAAAUCUCAGAUGCCGGUCCAGAUGUCGACGAAUGCCGAGAUGUCGAGCCUGCAGCUUAUGUCCUGACCUGGUUUGGAUUGAACAAGAUCGACUACCACUUGUAUCUCGCCCAUAACGAGAGAGGCAUGGAUGAUCACAUGAGACGCAACAGCAUGCUCCUGUUUGAUGGUGAGGAAUGCCGUCCUUGUCUUUACGAUCAGCUAUCGGACCCCCGAACGUAUUACCCAAACGGUAUCGGCCAAGAUGGGGAUCCCAUCAUGCUGUUCAACUGCUUGCCGGUUAUUAGAAACCCGGCUUCUCCCACCAUGGAGGCUUAUAUCUUGGGCUUCGAUUUCGACACCGGGAAUCUGUUCGUCCGCCAGUUCGGCUGGUUCCCGGAGUACCUUGACGAUGUCUGGUGCGUGUGGAAUGAGGGCUUCAACCGGUACGAGGUGCAAAUCAAGGCCUUGCGUGAUAUUCUCAGAGAGUGCAUCGACGACUGUCAGCUGGAUCCGGGCGUGGGCAUCCUGAGCAAGGGCAAGUAUGUCGCAGGUAGCUGGGAGGUUGCAGAAGCCAGCGAGGAUCCUGGCAUGGAGCUUGUCAUUGUCAUCGGCUUCUGUCAGUGGAUCCUGGAUAUGGCAGAGCCACUGAUACGGCGGUAUGUGUCCGGGACCGAGAAUCUCAUUCAGGACUUCCACCGGUACGAGAAAGAGUGCCGUGGAAUCCUGGCGUGCGCCUCCGCCAGGUUCUGGGAGCGCGUCCGGAAGGGCUACACUGAAGAGCAGGAAAAAUGCGAGAAAAUCAAGAACCGGUACAUUGACCGACUGAUGGCUCUCCGCAUGCCUACGAACGAUGACUUGAAAGAGGACAAGGGGCGUGCACCCGGCCUGGACACUGCCAACCGACUGCGGCGGCAAUAUGAAGGGCGACGAAAGGAGUGUCGCGAGCAGAGCCUGCAGGAUGUCUUUAUCAGGCCUAAGAAAGGCACCAUCCCUGUGUCUCCCGGGGCCACGUUCAGAGAAAUCGUCGAAAGGUCGAAAUUAGCACUGACUUCGAGCAUGCUGCCUUCUCCUAGAACCCCACGGACGGCUUCGCCUCUCCCAGAUGGAGCUCAACCGCAAAAUGGCUGGAUUGCUACGUCUCCGGGAAUUCUUUCCUCAUCGGUGGAAGACAACAACUUCCUUGAGGCUUCUGAAUACCUCGAAGACCCGGUGCCGGUGCUCCUACGGCGGAUGUCAGACCUGUGGCAGGCACAUCCAGAGCUCGACAAUUUCAGCAUUCGUGGACAAUUGGGGACGAUUUUGACAGAAAUGAAACAUAGUAUGGUGUAACGCGCCCUGGACGAAGCUAUGGCUUCACUAUCGAUGACUCAUGAGAACGACAAGUUAAGUCUCGUACCUGUUGAACAGGCACGCCUUCCUAGCUUCAACUUUGAUUGCUGGGGCUAAAUUGGCUGGUUGGCUCUUACAGCAUACGUUGGAAGCGAUGAAACC